AUGACAGUUCACAAGAGCUAUGCUAAAGACUUCCCGGCGAAAUCAGCUGUACGAACUGAAAAGGUAAACAACCUGAGGAGACAGCUAGCCGCAAAGCAGGCAGUGUUUACGCGACCUGUUAAUAAGAGUAAAACUGCCACGAUAGCGUCUUACCGUGUGAGUCAUGUUCUGGCAAAGCACAAGAAAUGUUUUAAAGACGGCGAAGUUUUCAAAGAAGCCUUUGUGGAGGCCGCGGAUGCACUUUUCGCUGACUUCAAGAACAAGAAGGAGAUCAUGUCGGCUAUUCAAGAAACCCAGCUAUCCAGGAACACCAUUACAAGGCGGUGCGAGACCAUGUCAGAGGGCAUUGAACGACAGCUUAGAAAUGACAUUGAGAGCUGUCUUUGUUUUUCGCUGCAAUUUGACGAAUCAACUGAUGCUGUGGAUGUGGCGCAGUUAUGUGUUUUCAUUCGGAUGGUUUUUCAUAACAUGACGGCAAAAGAAGAGAUUCUGACAAUUUUGCCUUUGAAAGGGCACACAAGAGGGUUGGAUGUUUUUGACACGUUUAUGGAGUUUGUCAGUAAGUCGCAUUUACCCCUCUUCAAACUUACAUCAAUCACAACUGAUGGGGCUCCAUCUAUGGUUGGGCAUACUGCUGGGUUCAUUGCUUUGUGCAAGCAGUCGGAAUCUUUCCCUGAUUUUUUGAACUAUCACUGUAUCAUUCACCAACAAGGGCUGUGCGGGAAGAUUUUGAACAUGAAGGACGUCAUGGACGUAGCUAUAAAAAUCGCGUGCUCUUUUCGGGCCAGGAGUUUACAGAGGCGCUUAUUCCGUGCCCAGCUCGAGGAGGCAGGUGCAGACCACACCGAUCUGCUGCUGCACACCGACGUCAGGUGGUUGAGCCGAGGCAAAUUCCUCGAAAGAUUUUUGGAACUUUUGCCCGAAAUUAAAGAGUUCCUGAAGCACACAACUACCCAUGCUGCUGCUUAUACUCAGCUGGAGGACGGUCAGUGGCUCGCUGAUUUGGCUUUUCUCACAGAUGUCACCAAUAAGAUCAAUGACUUGAAUCUCGAGCUGCAGGGGAAAGGAAAGCACAUCGCCAACAUGAUCAGUUCAGUGAACACCUUUAAAACGAAGUUGCGCCUGCUGGUACGCAGGUUGCAACAGUGUGAUGUCAGGAACUUUCCGCACUUGGAGGCUGAGCUCCGCCGUCAGGGCAAAGACAGUGUGGAACUUGCUCGUUAUGAGCAACAGAUCCAAAACAUUCUUUUGGAGUUUGAGCGCCGGUUUACUGACUUUGCGUCCAUUGAGCCUGUUGCUCAGUUUCUGUGCUUUCCAUUUGGUGAAAAUGUUGAUGUGGAUUGCAUUGCGCCCAAAGUAGCCACACUCUUCAGCCUGGACUCCAGUGCUGUCGAGAAUGAAAUUAUCACACUGCAAAAUGACAUUGAGAUAAAAUGCAGAGCAACACCUGGGCUAACUGGCGAAUUCUGGAACCUGCUGCUGGAAGAGAAUCUGCCUUUUCACACGUGA